ACUUAAAACUCACACUUCAAUCUGUCAAACAAAAUCACUUUACUGUCUCACUUCGGGACAAUUUUCCUUUAAGAAUUUCGAGAGAAAUCAGCAAAAUGAAUAAAAUUUUAAACAAUUGCAUACGGUCGAGCCUAAGCUCAAACGGAAACACAUUUUUCUCGACAUUAAGCCGACACUAUUCGUAUAAAAGUGAUAUAUCGUUGGAUGUUCUGUAUCCUCAAAGUAGACAGACAAUUUUCACACCGCCACCACCACCGCCGAAAGCGAACAACAAAUUCAAUGGUUACAUACCAAUCAAUCAAUUGAAGAUUACAUACAGUCGCAGCAGUGGACCAGGUGGACAGAAUGUGAAUUGUGUCGAUACGAAAGUGGACAUUCGUUUUCAUGUUGCGUCUGUCGAUUGGUUGUCGGAUGAAACGAAAAAAUUGCUUGUGGAGAAGCAACGAGGAAGAAUAACCAAAGACGGAUACUUUGUCAUAAAGAAUGAUGCAACUCGGUUCCAACAAACUAACUUAGCUGACGGACUGGAAGCCAUUCGAAAUAUAAUCCGAAAAGUAGAGCAAUCAACCCAGUCAGAGCCAUCGCCGGAAUCGGUCGAAAGACAUCGUCGCAACCACGAAAAGGCAACGAGAGAACGCUUGAUGAUCAAGAGGCAACGGUCCAUGACAAAGGCAGAUCGACGAGGUAACGAUACCAUUGUAUAGUGUAGACAUUGUAACGGAAUUUGUCAUUUAUUUAAUUGGGAAAGUAAAAUUCAUUUUCGCAGUACAAAAUAAUCUUAAAAA